AUGAAGUUGAUUGGAAUGCUCCUUGUCUCCCUUGGAAUGGCCAUGGCCUUCCAACCUCAAGUCACUCGUCCCGCCGUGACAUCCUCCUUGCAGAUGGGUCUGUUUGAUGGCAUGUUCAAACCAAAGGCCAAAAAGGAAAUUUUGCCAAGCACCCGAAAAGUCAAGAGCGACCGUUGGAUUGAAAACAUGUUCAAGGAGCCACUUCACGGCCAUGGUACUGCCGAGAAGGAGUUGGAUGACAUGUACGCCGCCCAACAGAAAAUGUUGGAAGAGCGCCGCAAGCUCUUUGGCAGUGCGAGUGCUCUGCGUGCCAAGUACAGCAAUCCUGCCAUCGAUCAUCUUCGUGACAUUCCCACCCAUUCUCAUGAUCCUGCCAUGCUCAACAAGAAGGAAGACGAUGCCAUGUACGUGGAUGAUGAUGAAGCCGGUGACGACAGCGCAGGAUUCAACUUUAAUCCCUUCAAGAAGUCCUCCAAGUUCUCGCCUUAA